UCAUUUUCCGGUUGGACUAAUUGGGCGCGAAGGGAGACACCUGCCGUCUCCACUUACGCGCGUCUCCGCUGCGCACGUAGAAAUCAAACCGAGCUCAGCGCGUCUUGCAGAAGCAGCAGCCUUCGAGGCGCAGAUUUUGGAUAGAUUCCGCAACAACCUUCCAUAUUUUUUUGGAGGGAGCUUCCUGCACGUUCAUAUCCCCCAUGUGUGCGUCAUGGCACCGAGCCCACCUCCCGCUCCUGCUGCUGGACGCUGUAACCGGACAACUUUAAUUUCUGCACGGAUGAAGCCGUUCAUCCAAGGCUUCUGAUGAAUACUCUGCUGGGAAACGGUAACAGGUUUGCCAAACAUCUCAUCUCCCAUGUCACCGGGACGUCUCCAUGGCGAUGUUUAGCAGUGCCGAGCGGCUCUUGAACGAGUCGGACCGCCUUGCAUACGAUGAGAAGAAUGAAAGCUCAGAUGCACCGGGGAAGGAUGAGGGGGAGCGCAACUACUACGCCAUGCUGUACUCCGUGCUGAUCCUGGCCAUUGUGUUUGGGAAUGUGUUGGUGUGUUUGGCUGUGCUGAGGGAACGCUCGCUCCAGACAACCACCAACUACCUGGUGGUCAGCUUGGCUGUGGCUGACCUGCUGGUGGCCUCGCUGGUCAUGCCCUGGGUCGUGUAUCUGGAGGUGGUCGGCGGAGCCUGGCUCUUUAGCCGGCUCUACUGUAACAUCUUCGUCACGCUGGAUGUGAUGAUGUGCACGGCCAGUAUUCUCAACCUGUGUGCUAUCAGCAUUGACAGGUGAGUGUGUAGAGUGCAAGCGUGUAACCUCCUCCCUGCAUACAGAUGUUUCCGUGACAUAAACUCACAGAUAUCUCAGAGCCGCAAGAGGACAAAUCUGGUCAUAUAGCAUCGUAGUUUGUGUUUCUCACUAACAACAAGUUUUUUGUUUUCAUUCCCACGUAUUUGUCUACAAUAAUCAUGGUAAUAAUCGUAAUAAUCAAGUUAAUAUUUAAUAGCUCUCUCUCUUCAACCCCCUGCUUCAAAGGCUAAAAACAAAUCUUGAU